UUUUUUCAUAGCCAAGCACGACCUUUCAGUCAGCGUGGCGUAAGCCGAGUGGCAACCCUGUACAAAAAGGUGCUGUAUCGCGAGUUCACAGACGGUUCCUUUACUCAGGAAAAGCCCCAUCCAGCACACCUCGGUGUUUUGGGUCCAGUAAUCAAGGGCGAAGUGGGAGACGUGGUCAAGAUACAUUUCAAGAACAAGGCUAAUAGGGCUUUCACGGUUCACUCCCAUGGAAUAUUCUACAACAAAAGCGAUGAAGGGGCCCUUUAUGCAGAUCACAGCAGUGAUGAUCAGAAAAGAGACGAUCUAGUGGAACCUAAUAAAACUCAUCUUUACACAUGGAUAGUAACCGAGGAACACGCUCCAACCGAAGGGGACGGCGACUGUGUCAUAAGAAUGUACCAUUCUCACGUGAUGUCCGUGAAUGAUAUAAACACAGGCUUGAUAGGUAUUUCUGGUUGAAUUUAGCUAUACAUUUUCACAAAAUUUUUAACAAUCAGUUGUCUGAAAAAUACGUAUUUAUAUUUAAAAAGCGACGCACAAUAGUACACUAUCACUAAUGAGGUAUAGACCAGGGGCACCCAAAGACUAUGUUCUGUAAAAUAUCUGUCCGGAGAAGCAAAUAUUGUCCAGAAUUUUCUAUUGCUUGAGGACGGCUUUAAAUUUCCAGAUGACCGUUCCAUUCAUGUCCAACGUUCGAAACCUAUCUAAUAAAUUCCCUACGAUUUUCUGAGCUUAAUUUUUCACAUUUCACUCCCCUAGUAAUGCUGUUUUUUCGUAGAAAAAGGAAACCUAAAAUUUUCGGACUCAAAAACGUGAUUGAGGUAGGAAUCAGAAAAACUCUCAAUUUCGCAAAGCGAUAAACAGCAUCUAAAACUUAAUGAAGCCCUCAAAAUUUCGAAAAGACUCAAAGUGCCCUAGGAUGAUCGAACGGUUACAAAGUUUAUAGCGCCGAUUAGAAUGUAUUUCUAAAUCGUCGUUGGGUGCUCCUGAUAGAUACCCAUAUCCUGUCUGAGAAAGGCUCAACUCGAAGUGGUCCGUGAGAACGAAUGGGACUGAAAUCAUUGCCCACCUCAUCUGGCUUAUAACAAAUCUUCGAACCAAUACCUGAAUUCAAGGGUAAUACCCUUCCGAGAGUUAUUUUUUCCUGUCAUAAAUUAGCUUCGAUUUCGCGGCAAAACUCGUCCAUUGAGGCUAAUAGUAGGCGCAGUGGCUAAACUGUUUCGGUCGAGGUGGGGGAAAUUGUGGAAGAAACUCAACUGUUGUGCGAAAAAGAAAUAACCGAACUACUACCUAAGGCACAAAAAGAAUUGCAAGAAUCGCUUAAUCUAUUUGAAGAAUGAAUGCUAUAAUCUGCCGAGAACCAAGCCAACGGCUGUAAAACAGAAGUGUGUAACUGGGCCCUCGAUCCGUAUAAUCUUUCACAUCAUACUCAGCCUUGUCCAAUAAUUGUUAAUUAGAAAAUCGCUUGGUGUUUUUCCACAGGCCCACUACUGAUCUGCAAACGAGGAGCUUUAAUGGAAAAUAGCGUUAAGAGAAAAUACGUCGACAAAGAAUUUUUUCUUCUCAUCACCGAGAUGGACGAGAACAAGAGCUGGCUCCUGGAUGACAAUAUUCAAACCUAUUUUACUAAUCCCGAGGAGGCAAUGGCAAAUAAAUUUGAUCCGAGAUUUAAGGCAAGUAACAAGAUGGCAUCCAUUAAUGGCUACAUCUAUGGCAACCUACCUGGGCUGGAUAUGUGUCACGGUGAUACGGUCAGUUGGCACAUAAUAGGUGUUGGAGAGUUCAGUGAUGUACACAAUCGUAAGUAUCCUACGCGUCAUCCCACCACUAAAGUCCCAUAAAUAUCACCCAAUGUAAGGGAAUCCAAGACACUGAGUCUUCUGUAAUCCAGUACUUCCAAAGACUGAACUCUGGAUUUUUUGUCGGUGGAGCUUGGAUUCCGAUUCCAAUUCCGGAUUGCGAAUUCUUUGAGCUGCUUUCCGGAUUCCAAAGACUAGGAUUUAGCAUUGCAAAAGCAAACAUUUUCCGGAUUCUGAAUCCGGAAAAUAUUUGCCCCUUCUUGGGCAAAUUUUAGGUCUUUCUUAGGCGUUAUUCUCUAAGUAAUUCAUGUAAAAGUAUUUUCAACAUCAUGCAAUUACUGUCCCUAAAAUAUGUGACAGUGUAAAACUCGUCAUCUUCUGUAAUAUAUCAGAUUUUGCCAGACUAUAUUGUCAUAAUUGUAUUAUGGUUUAACUGGCAACAGCAUGUUAAGGACCUUUGAACAUCAAGAACAUAAAACUAUAGAACUAAGAUAGGUGUGUUCAUUCAGAAGAUGUAACUUUUUGAAAUAUUAACCCCCUGCGUCUUUGUCACUAAAAAUAACUUGAAGUGAUUAUUUGGAGAAUAAGUCCUAAACUUAGCCUGCAUCUACUUUGUUUACUAAUUAAACGGUAAAAAAAGCGUCAGAUCAGUAUCACCUCAGUUCCUGUUUAUACCAUCUUGUUGGCAACAGCAGAACCUCCACAGCUAUCGCUGCUGCAACAGACAUGUAGCCUUAAUUGCCUUCUCAUAGUCAUUGAUGAGAAGGCAAAACCCGAGGGGCAACCUCAUCUCCAGAGCUUUUCCCAUAGAAAAAUAAUGGGGCCCCCCUCCAAUAUUUUAGGCAGGAAGUUGCGGAAAAGGAUAUCAAUUCAAACGGUCUCUAUACAUUGAACAGCCAGCAGUGGUAUUGAGUCCUCCCAACAUUGCUUUGAGACAUUGACAAGAGAAGAGAUUCAAAUCGUGUUUACUCUGUCUUAACAUUUCUGCUGUUCUGUAAUGUCGAAGCCUUUUGUACAGCAUUUUAAACUUUGUCCCGUCGUAUUCUACAUUGCUUUUAUCUUGUGCUAAAAAAUCUGCCCAAUCAUUGUUGUUAUAAUGUUGUGACUCUUUCGCCCCUCAUUGGUCCAAAUGUUGAGACAAUAUUGACAUCAUUUUAAAUAGGUUUUAAACUUAAAGACCAUAGAUCUGAUUCUGAAGUGACAAGAAUUGUUGAUCCCUUUCUUACCGUAUAAUCUGAAAAAUAAACUCUGUUUACUCUAUUAAAAGCUUCGUUCCAUGGGCACACAGUCAAGAUCAACUCCCAUCGCCGAGACACAGCAAUAGUGCUUCCAGCCACUUUCUUGACAGCCUACAUGAAGGCGUGGAAUCCAGGAACUUGGUUACUGAAUUGCAUGAACAGCCACUUCUUUGAUAAAGGAAUGUCGGCGCUCUUUUAUGUCAAGAAGUGCGAGAAGAAUGUUGCCAUGCCAACCGUCAGUGGUAAUAGAACAAAAAUGUACUACAUAGCCGCGGAUGAGGUUAUGUGGGAUUAUGGACCAUCUGGUGUUAAUAAAAUGGACGGAAAAUCGCUUACUUCACCUGGAAGGUAACAACUUGAAAAAUAAAGCCCUUUUUUUAGAAAGAAAGACUAAAUAUUCAUUACCUAGGUGAAACCUAAAACAAAUGUACUAGUUAAUAUGGGGCGAUUUCCGUUUAAAAAAAAUUUCGGAAAUUCCACGUGCCCAGCGGACCCGAUCGACCCAAGCCACCGCGCGUUUAAUUAUUGUUUUCUUGUACAUUUAAGCCGGAUACAGUAAAGCAGUACUAGGGACAACAAUUUUGUCAAAUAGAAAGGAACAUUACGGUCCGACGUGACCGGUGAAAGUGGACCACCUUCAAGAUGCGUGCUUCCAGAUAUUCAGGUCAGACCCAGCCGGAAUGGUCCGUUCCCCAUUUUUUUCCUGAAUGAUGGGCUGAAUGGAGAGCGUACAUAGUUUGCCGAGAGAUAAUGGCAUGAAACUCUUACUCACUUAGAACAGCAGGAUUUCUCAGACUGAUGAUUGCUUGCUUUGCAGUGAUUCUGCUAAAUACUUCACCCGUGCUGAUAACAGAAUUGGAGAUAGAUACAAAAAAGCUAUCUUUGUCGAAUACACAGACAGAAAUUUCACUACUAAAGUAAAUCGAACAGCUAGUGAAGAGCAUUUGGGAUUGCUAGGGCCUACCAUUCGAGCGGAAGUUGGCGAUGAAAUCCAGGUGCUCUUUAAAAAUCAGGUAAGCAACUUUGUAAUGAAAGUUAAAACUGUCGUUUCAAAAUAAUGUAUGGCGUCUCCGUAUGAAAGUAGUAUAUGGUGAACCGAAAUAUCCCUUUUUGUUUUGUUUUCUAGCUGCGAGAUGAAGUCGUUUCGACAACAAACACAAAAAAAAUCAGCAGUUUAAUUUCAUAAUUUGUCAGCAAUAAAAUGUUCCAAUCUCAAGCAUGUUAAGGCAUGGCCCGUCCUUUGCUCUUAGACACUCCGCGAAGACAACUACUCUUGCUAGCAGACGCACUGUUCUUUUGAUCGUAACCACCACUAAGUCAGCAGAAAAAUUUUUGUCGUCUUUAAACCUUCUGAGGGUUAACAACAGAGGUCACAUGUCCGAUGACGUCAUAAAUAAGGAAAAAGUGAUGUCUGAAACUGGCAAUGACUUGUUGGGGAAGCCAAAUUCACAAGCACGCUGCAUUUAAGUAUAGAUGCCUAGAUAGAACCUGUGCCCCGAAUGGAGAAAAAUCGUAUUUCAUGAAAGAGUAAUUCAUUUAUUAAAGAGGUCACGUGGCCUAUUUUUUGAAAAUUACUCUUAAACGGUAAAAUGAAUUCGGUCAUUCAAGACAGAUUCUUUAAGGGGGUAACCAUUGAAAUAUGUUGGCGUUUCAACAUUUACCCGUUAUAUGUCAUCUCGGCGGCCCAUUUUCGCUUUUCACGUAAGAAAACUGUUACAGAUGUCCACAUGACGCAAAAAGUCAGAACUUAAGGUAAACAAUAAUUUAACGACAUCACGUUUUAUGUUAUUACCAAGUUUGAUGCUGUUAAGGUAUAUCUUGUUAUGCAAAUUAGGUUCUGGGUGAUGCCUUAACAUGCUUAAGAUCAAUUCAAAUCAUCUUAUAAGGUCAUUGCUCACGUCGACCUUCUCUCUCCUUCCCUCCCCCCUCCCCCCCCUCUCUCCCUCUCUUUAACAGGGGAGUCGCAAUUACAGUAUGCAUCCACUUGGUGUCUUCUACGAUAAAGCAAACGAAGGAGCUGGCUACAAAGGCACAUCCGGGAAUGAUACUACUGCUGGUGAUGCAGUUAUGCCCAAUCAAACAUUCCUCUAUAGAUGGACUGUACCAGAGGCUGUAGCCCCAACGGACGAAGAUCCUCCAUGUAUCACAUGGAUGUAUUAUUCCAGUGUUGACUCAACUAAAGACGUACAUAGUGGUAGGUAGAAUGGUUUGAGAUAUAGAGGGAUUACAACUCAUAAUCUAUGUCUGAUUUCCUCAAAGACGAACAAAGCAUUGAAUUUUUCAUUCCUUUAGUUUAAAUUUGUCAAAUUCGGUCAAUUAAUUUCAAUAAUUUUAUAAUUUCCCACGUAUUUUUGAUGUUAGCUUCCUUUCACAUUCUACAUUGAUCAAUAUGUAACUGUCACUGAUUAAAACGGGAGGUAGCUGGUGUGUUUUUUAAUACAACAAAUACUUGAUCUGCGUAUUUACCGUAGAUAAGAAAAAAUCGACCAAUAACUUACACUUCGAAAAGCACGCAUAAUAACCUGGUAUAACAAAGGUUUUUUCCUCGCUGUGUGGAAGGCAAAGUAAUUCAUUUUAAUCGGGGAGGCAAUCUUCCUUUCCGAGUUCUUUGGAACUACUAAGCAAUAUAUGCUAGUCGUGUAAUAUGGCCAUCAAUAGAAUAUCAAAUUAAAUUCGUUUCUUCUUUCGUGCAUUCAUUCAGUUAGGCUUUGUUUGGUUGUCUGUUUUUGUCUGUUAUGUUUUUAAUGUUUCAUAUUUUUCAAGUUAUUCAUUUGUAGACCCGAAACUCAAGGAUUCAACUUCUGCUCAAUGCUCGUAAACUGUGUGGGUGUUUGCCAACUUAGACCUUUAGUCAAAUUAAAAUUGGACAAAAGCCAGCAUUCUCAGCUAUAAACUGCAUCAACAGCCAUGUUAAUGAUCAUAAUUUUACCUCUCUUAAAGGGCUCAUCGGAUGUCUGAUUGUGUGUAAAAAAGGAACGCUGGAGGAAAAUAGGCCAUGGAAAAGGAAGGACGUCGAUCACGAGUUUUGCUUGCGCUUUGCUUUAACCGACGAAGGACUUUCUUGGUACUUCAAUGAAAAUAAGAACCUUGCGGGGAACGCUUCUACGAUAGACGCUAGUAAGUGCGUCGUUUUCAGUCAAAGUAUAAACCGUACAAUUAUCUAUUGAGUUCGAGAUACCUAAUCCACUAAAAAUUGGGUUCAGUUAAUCUAUCGACUUAGCCAACGCUAAAGGCGAAGCUCCCGUUAAUAAAUUUACAAUUUACUUCAAACAAUAAACUUGUAACCAUUAAAAACAAAUCCACUUGGCGAUCAGUUGAAAACUAGAAACUUGCCUGCGGAGAACUUCAAAUAACCUCGAUGGGUCGACACUUGGGCCUACUGGUCAGCGGAUACUCAGCUUUGACAGCUGUCAAUUGACCUCAACAUAAAUGCACAAUAUCACGUUGCAGGCUCUCGCACUAGCUUGAAAGUGUGACCUUAGACCUUAGUUUCCCUGUGGCCAACACGGAAGGAAGGAUGGGCGGAAGUACGGUCACGCGAAUAAUGGAUCAGAUAACCAAAGUUUCUUAGCCAUGGGGCUAAGUUUGUGCGUGCAGGAUAUUACUGUUUGAGGUCAAUUAUGUGCUAUAGUCAUUACUAAGAGCCUUUACCCAUAUAACACAAAAUGAUCCCGUAGAGUUAUGAAGAAUUCGAAGGUGUGACUAUCAAACAAAUUUCAUCAGGGAACAAUGAUCAUAAGAAUUUGUUUGGUGAUUUUGGUAGGAAUAACAUUAUUACAAGUUGGAAAAGUUGGCCCGACAUUUUCAACCCAUUUCCAUCUUUGCCUUCAAAGAUGGAAAUAGGACAGUUUCAAAGCCUGGAUAUAGUCUUAAAUAACAAAACUGGGCUACUAUUUUUGGAAAUCAUUUGAUGCGAAGACAGGUCAGUUAUUUUUUUUUCAAAAGUGAGGGCAAAUAGCCCUUUAAGUAUCACAAUUUACAGUAUCCAUUCCCAGUGCAAUAAACGUUGCUUUUCUUAAUUUUUCUUGACUCUUUAAGAUGACGCGGGAUUCAAGGAAAGCAACAAAAUGCGCAAUAUCAACGGCUUCAUGUAUGGAAAUUUACCUGGUUUGCGCAUGUGCAAAGGUGAUGACGUUUCGUGGCAUUUCUUGGGUGGUCCUGCGGGGAAGAUGCACAGCGCUUACUUUUAUGGCAACACUCUGAUAAGGAAUGGAAAUAACUAUGACACAGUGGGACUAAUGGAAGGUAUAGUUUUUGUACUUUAUUUGUGCAUAGUUCUUUAUUUCUUGCAUUACUUCAGCUAUUCCCUUUUUAAACCAAAUAGCCUCGUUUCCAGGCAAAUAUACCAUCGAUCAACGUCGUUUCCAAUGAAAUAUACCAUUGAAUCGAUGUUGCAUUGCUUGCAUUAUCCGAAUUUAAUUAACGCUGCCUGGUUAGAAAGAAUUUGCCGGGGGAUUGGGUGCGUGCUAGCUCCAACUCUUUUCUCCCUCUACUUCACAGCUGUACUGGAGACUACGAACGAAGGGCUCAAUAGGGGCGUUUUCAUUCGCAUAAGGACAGAUUGUAAACUGUUCAACCUUGCCUGGCUUCGUGCCCACACGAAAACACUAAAGAUGUGUAUCAGAGAACUGCUUUAUGCUGAUGACUCAGCCCUUGUGGCCAACAACGCAGACCCGGAAGUGGAAAGGAGAAUCCAAUCCGCCACAAGGGCCUAUGAUGCGCUACAAAAGAGACUCUGGAGCUGUAAUGGCAUCAGCACAAAAACCAAAGUGAAGGUUUACUCAGUUGCAGUCAUCCCUUGCCUGCUCUAUUCCAUCGAGUGCACCACUGUUUACCGCAGGCACAUUAUGGCUCUGACAAGUCUCCAGCUUCGCCACCUACGCUGUCCGACAUCCUCAACAUCAAGUAGCAAGACCGUAUCUCAGACGUUGAGGUACUGCGCCGUGCUCACACAGUCAGUGUUGAAGCCCUAAUAAACGUGUCACAGCUUCGCUGGGCAGGACAUGUACGUCAGAUGGCCAAUAGCAGGCUGCCAAAAGCUGUGUUCUACUCGCAACUACGCCAAGGUAAAAGAAGCCAUGAAGGACAAAAAUUGCGUUACAAAGAUUUAUUGAAGCGGCAUAUGAAGGAAACAGGCAUCUCGCGUGAUACCUGGGAGAAGGAUGCAGUCUAGAGAGUCAAAUGGUGAGGACCGUUGAGGAAGGCCACGUCAGCACGUCAGCUGUUGAGGAAGAUCAGCAUCAGCGCCAGAAGGAAUAUCAGCGUGCACAUGUCCGACGACACUAGGCAGCUACCUCCAGCAGUUUCCAAUGCAACAAUUGUCAGCGUUACUGCAGAUCCCGAGGGGGUCUGACUGCCCACGCGAGAACCUGUUUAAGAUAGGCCUCAACUCAAUUACAAGACAGUCAUCUUAGGUAACGAGGGACAGCCAUUUUCUUCCCUGGCAUUUCAAGAAAUUUUAAAAGCGGCUUAAACGUUCAUUGUGUCAUGACAAGUUAAUUGUUAGUUGUAGCAUUUACUUUUUGUUUUUUACAUUAACUUACCAAGAAUUUAAUUUUAUUUAUAACAGGUUCCUUAGCAACAAUGCACAUGACCCCCGAUAACCCUGGAGAGUGGAAAUUAGCUGAUCGGACUAAUAGUAACUUAGAAGGAGGAACAACUGCCAAGUACACGGUAUUGAAGGAUUGUGGGAAUGCUUCUUCUGACCAACCAAUGAGUGGGCGGAAGAGAUGGUAUUACAUUGCAGCCGUGGAAGAAACGUGGAACUACGCGCCAACUGGAAAGGAUUUAAUCGAAGGGGUCGAGCUUAAGGAUAGCCCGUACGUUUUUUUUUUAGCAAGUUUAACUAAUACCAGGCUAAUAAAACUGCGUGUGAGCCGCUAGUUUUAUCAAGUUAAGAAUGAUAUGAAUACAACUUCUUUAGGAAAGACGUGUUUCUCCCAACCACUAAAUGGAAUCUGUGUAAGUAGAUGAUCUCAGCCUGUAUAUUCUACAGAAACAAGCGGAAGAGCAGAUUUGGGGGACUAACUAGAGAGGCCUGAGCUUAAGUAACAGGAGGGCGAAGUUCACUAAAUUGCGUCCUUUAAUUUAUUCUUGCUCGUCAAAAGUGAGAAACCAAAUUUGGCUUAAACAAAGUCUACGUGUGCACAGCUACCUUCGCAGGAUUAAGAUCAACUUUCGCGGCUUACAAGGAGUGGAAAUGAUGAGCAGUAUAAAAGUUUAUUGGUUCAGUUACGCUGUAAUUAAUCAGAAUGAUAUCCUUGAGUACGGGUAUUUCCUUCAAGUUGGCGGCAAAUCUUUGAAUAAAAGCUUGAAAGAAUGAAAUUUCUUCGGAUAUAAAUUUGUUACGAUUGCGUUUUAAUUGAAGGAUAUCGAACUAGGACUAAAAGGUGCUAUGGAAAGCUUUCCUUCCUUUAAUCUGCAAUAGGUAGCUGGUUGAGAAUUGCUUGUUUGAGUCAAAUGACUACACAUAGUUUUAAGUACGGAACCAAGCUUUCCGCGGCGUAGGUCAAAUAACACUGAUCUAUUUGGUGCCAGAUUGUAAAUGUGCCAUGAUUAAGUAAACACUCCGCUUAGCUUUGAAGCUGUAUGACUGGUCGGCUCUACGUAUUAUGCAGUUACACUUUAUUUUAGUAAAUACUUUCCUAUAUAUCUUUCACCAAUGAAAUAAAGACUUGUUAGUUCUUCCAGCCUGUUCCAAAAUUCAUUCCACCCGACUAUAAAAAACGUUUUUCCGCAGACAUGCUGCUCGUUACACACUACCAGGUGAUCGUUUUCUUGGUGGGAUACUCAAGAAGGCAAUUUAUCGGGAAUACACAGAUGCUACGUUCACUCAGCAGAAGCAAAGAAACAAAGAAGAGGAGCAUUUGGGAAUCAUGGGACCAAUGAUCAAAGCUGAAGUGGGUGACACCAUUGAAGUUAUCUUUAAGAACUUGGCGUCCAGAGAAUAUUCCAUUCAUCCUCAUGGACUCUUUUACAGGUAAAACCGAGCGUUCCUAUGAAGGAGUCACAGCAAUUUAAAAUAGGAGGAAUGAAAUCACAGGAACCACACAAUCUGUUUGUGUAACCGAUUGUAAUGUGAUAGAAAACUAAAUCAACCGUUAAUUCGCUUAAUAUGUGCAUGGAUCAAUGCUAAAUAAACGUUUUAUAACCUUACCUACGGCCAGUAUGCCUCAAAAGAGGCAUUUUGAAUGAUUUGCAAGAAUUUGAGUUCGCCGUUUGCUGUUCCUCUUAAUAGCAGGACGAACUCAAAAUCCUUCAAAAUCGCUAAAAAAACUCCUCUUCUGAGGCAAAAAGGCGACAAUAAUCCCACACCAAACACUACCUUAAGUUUGUUUAAUCUGCAGAUAAUCGUUAAAUACUGAUUGUUGCGAGAGAAAUUUGUUACUUUUCCACUCCUUAACAAAUCAAACAAUUGCAACUGGGUAAUGGAGGACGUAUUUGUUACGGAGGACGAGCAAGUUUUGACUGUUCAAAGAGAAAAGAGAGAGGCGGGGGACCGACCGCUUAAAAAAAGAAAGGGCUAGGCUUAAACAUUGGAGGGCAAUUAUUAAAGAAAUUUCUGCAUUUUUUGUUUCAAUUCUUUAGCAAACAAGACGAAGGGUCUCCUUAUAAGGAUAACACCACUGGCGCUGAUUUAGUUGACAACGCAAUUGCUCCAGGAAAGAUUCACAACUACGUCUGGGAAGUACCUACAAGGGCUGGGCCUGGACCUAAUGACACUGAUUGUUUGACAUGGGGGUACUAUUCAGAUGUUAACCCAGUUAAAGACACCAACACUGGACUGGUAGGCGCGCUGGUCAUUUGCAGAAAGGUAACUCUUAUUAGCAGGUAUUAGCUGAGGCUGACCACCUCGUCGACCUGCAUAGUUUUUCAUAUCAUAUAAAUCUUAUGCAUUUAAAAUAUUUCCAACUUCAAAGCAUGCUCGCCUCUAUGUAAAGUUAAUAAGUUCUCGAACAUUUGCCUGUCAUGUUCCGAGUGGUAUUUGUAUGUAUUCUUGCUAUGUUUUGAGGCACUUUUUUGGCUAUUCAAUUUCAUAGGAAUCUUCUUCCAUUUUCUCUAAAUCACCAAAACAGCUCACGCGACCGGGCUAUGUCGCUUUUUCUAUCGAUUAUCAUUACAGUUGAUGUCACAGUAUUGCCAAAUUGGCACAUUUCUUCCAAAGCCAGUCAUGAAGUAUUGGGGCAUUUAAGACGGCUAGAUGGGGUCUUUCAGGGUCAAUACCUACCAAUAGACCUUUUUACCGAUACGGCGGCCAUAUUGGAUUUAUUAGAUUUAAGGAGUAUAACGGUAUGCCCAGGGGGCACUCGCUUAGUAUUUACGCUCGCUUUUCGGGCAAAAAGAGAAUUUCAUUGUAUAUUUCUCGGGAAAAAGGUGAUCAUUAUUACAUCUAAACACGGCACGACGAUCUUUUUUCCCAUUACAAUCUUUUUAUUGGAAAACUUAAAGAAAAUUGGCCCGAAAAGAGCGCUUAAUUAUACUGAGCGAGUAUAUCGGAUCCUGCUCAUGCCCGAAGCAAAAACCUCGCAGAUUACUUUUGACGUGUGUUUGAUUGGCCAGGGAGGUUAAAACUAAAAAUAACCUUUUUUUUUCAAGGGAACUCUAGACGAUCAUGGAAAAGUGAAGGGUGUUGACAGGGAGUUUGCAACAUUGUUUACCGUAUUUGAUGAGAGCCGCAACUGGUACGUGGGAGAAAACGUUGAAAAUUAUCUCACGGACAAGAAUCCACCUCCGCUUAACCAACUUGUUAGCAUCUUUGACUUCUGGGAGAGCAACUUGAAGGCUGCCAUUAAUGGCUAUGUGUUUGGAAAUGUCCCGGGUUUUACCAUGUACAAAGGCGAGAAAGUUGUGUGGUAUCUCCUACAAGUUGGUGGUAUGACAGAAAUGCACACGGUUCAUUUCCACGGCCAAAGUAUCUUAUAUGUAAGUACAUGGUCUUAGCCGAUCAGAUGGCUGCGGGUCUCAGUAUUUUACAAUUCUUUUAUUAAGUACAAAAUGAUUGGUGACGACUUGAAAAUCGGAAAUUCCAUAAGCAGCCUUUUUCCUAAACAUUUUUUGACAGUGGCGCACAAAGUUUGGACGAAUUUGCCUUUUUUGGAAGUUUUUAAUUCCGCCACGCACUCUGCGCUCUGGUAAAUUUGUUACCAUAAGACUCUCUGUAACACUCUGGUAGGAGGUAAGUAUACAGUUUAAUAGUUUUGAUACAUCGACAACAAUUUUCCAUGGUCUGUACUCUUAACGACCACCUCCACCUGUUCAAAACUCAAGUGUGGAACCACGAACCGGGGGCCGAGUGAUUUCACUUCAAAGUUUUGAUCAUUUUGACGUCGUUUCUAUUGUUGCCGAUUUAUUUUUUUUACAAUAACAUUGAAAGUUUCGACGUCCAUUUCCGUUGAAGUUUCUCAAAAAAUUAAGCGCACGAAAAAGCGAAAAACAAACUGCGCCACCAUCACAUCACUUCCAUGGUCUGUACUUAUCGAGCUAUUCAGCUAGCAAGAAAUCACUCAGUUAUUGUAAAACUAAGUAAACUGCCUUUGGCUAUCCUAGGGGUCAAUUAUUAUUUUCCCAGUUUCCAUGGCUACCAGAUGCAGUCACCUGCACAAAAAUUCCAAAAGGGGUCUAAACCAUCGCCUUGUAAAAUGGCAUGCUGAAGUAAUUCAAUCUGCUCUCCAGGAUGAGUGCAUUCCUAAAUGAUGCACGAUUUGCCGUUUUUUAAUCAUCCUCUUGCGUCAUCUUCCAACAAAAUAGUGCUAUAAACUGAAAUAAUCGCUCACAGAUCUCUUUCCCAUUAAAAAUCUUUUAAGAGAGUAUCAACCAUCACUAAGUUAUGCACCUUUAAUUAACGUAAGUCGCUACAUUUGGAUUCGUUGCCACACAUCUUUUCAUUGGUGUGAUUGGACAUUUUGUAAUGAUCUUGCGUCAUCUAUAACUUCUAAGUCGUCGGCAAUUGUGUGCGGACUAUUGACUCAUAUUCUACAACACUUUUCAGAAAUCGCAGACCUAUCAUCGUAACGAUGUCUACGAUUUGCUGCCAGAAUCCUUUGCGACCGUUGAGAUGAUACCUGAUGCAGUUGGAACCUGGAUGCUUCACUGUCACGUGGACGUUCACUUGGAUGGUGGGAUGAAAACUCUGUUCACAGUUUUGGCUCCAACAAGU